AUGCGACGGCCGGAGCAGAGCAACGGGCCCCUGACCCUGCAGAACCCGGCGAGGCGGGCGCUCAGCGGCCGCGUGCCGUCGCUCGCCACUCCCAAGUCGCCGCCGCCGGCGUACGGGAGCAUCGUCACCGUGCUGAGCAUCGACGGCGGCGGCGUCCGCGGCAUCAUCCCCGGGACUAUCCUAGCUUUCCUCGAAGAAAAGCUCCAGGAGUUUGAUGGACCGGACGCGAGGAUCUCAGACUACUUCGACGUGAUGGCCGGGACGAGCACCGGAGGGUUGGUGACGGCCAUGCUCACCGCGCCCAACGCCGACGGCCGUCCGCUCUUCGCCGCCAAGGACAUCAAUCGCUUCUACUUGCAACACUGCCCAAAUAUCUUCCCUCCGGUCAGAAAGGGCCUUUCGGGUUGUUGA